AUGUUUGUUGAAUACAGGUCGGUUCUUUUAUUAUCAUUAUUGUUAUUAUCCUCUUGCGGGUUAGGAAAAAGCACAAGAAGUUACGAUAAAAAAUACCAGAUUUAUCGGCACUUAAACAAGGCGAAUGAAACAUUUAUACAAAAUGCAUGUGAUACAUUGAGCUUCAAAUGCUAUUCCUUAUAUGUAGACCAAUUAGAAUAUCAUUGUUUGAUUCCACUAGUGAAUGACACACUUGAAACAGAGAAGGUGGAAGCUAAAGAUGCAGCACAGCUCGAAGCUGAAAAAGAUCAAGCAAUAGAAGUUAUACGGAACUUUAACUUGGAAAUGAGAGGAAAGGUUGCUUUAAAGCCUGCGGGAUACUGGUAUUAUGCAGUGAGGUUUGAUCAUGAUAUUCAUCAGUACCACGUGGGCGCUUCAGGAUUGCCUGACUAUAACUAUAAACUUGCAGCAUGGUCGAAUAAUGACCCAUCAAUUUCCUUUGAUUCCAAACCAUACCAUAAGGAACCUGAGGCAGAAGAUCCUUAUGCGAUUAAGUCUAACUUUGAGGUGAUCGAAACAGAAGACAAAACAAAGUAUGUUUCACAAAGAAUAUCCAAUGGAGAGACAUGUGACCUAACGGGUUUACCACGUACAACCACCAUCAACUACUUCUGUAAUGUCAAUUUAAAAUCCCCUUUAAUAGUAUCCGUCAAUGAAUGGAGGACGUGUGAGUAUAUCAUUGAUUUACAAAGUAGCUACUUUUGCGAUUAUGAUAUGUGGAUGCCACCGAAAACUUUAAUGAACCACCACAUUGAUUGUUAUCCAAAUACAGAUACUUUUGAAACUUUAGGAGAGAAGAUAGAUAUUCAUGGACUGGUUCUCGACCCUCUAACAGAAGGAGUUUUUUUAGGUAGGAGAGGUGAAUCUAGAAGAUUUGUUGUUUUAUUAACCAAGGAUUACAACUUGUGGAAUGUAAAUGGAAUCGAUCAAGAUGUCCAAUUUGAACAUUUGCUCUCAGACAUAGCUUCUGGAUUUCAGAAAUAUACAAGAAACUUGAAAUUAAGUACAUAUAUAGACGAUAUUUCAACGAUAGUGCUACUGGAUGAUACUUUCAAGCUGGGAUUCGAGACGUAUGACGGCAGUGGCUCAUAUAUUGGCAACAUCAUGGUAGAGCAUGACAGAAACGGUUAUUUUGUAAGUUAUUUUACAGAUGAAGAUAUACCGGAGGAGUCCAACUGGUUAGAAUAUGAGUCGAUUCUAAUGCUCCAAUAG